AUCCGGCCUGGGAGAGAGAGGUGCACUUUGCCACUCUGACGAGUCCUGGUCAAAGACCGGUCCCUCGCGACGAGGCGGAGUGCUUCAUUAACAUCUGCCAGCAGCACUACUGCUCUCUCACACUCGCAACGCUACAAUGUGUCAAAGGCCGAUGCUGUGUGUAUUCAUCCUGCUAGUGGUGGCGGUGGGGGGUGGCCAGGGCAGCCCACACCUCCGGCAGAAACUGGCGGUGGGGGGUGGCCAGGGCAGCCCACACCUCCGGCAGAAACUGGCGGUGGAGGGUGACAAGGACAGCCCACACCUCCGAGAGAAAGUGGCGGUGGAGGGUGGCCAGGGCAGCCCAAAGCUGCAGCAAAUGGUGGCGCCGGGGGAUAACGUACACUUCCUUGGCGAUAUAAGCAAAGUGGUGCAGCAGAACCUGGAUAUCCUUGCCAAGAUGACCCGCAAUCUUACUUCAUUAAUGGAAGACAGACGACGUGAAAACUGUAGUCAAGGUAAGACUAACAUAUUAUAUGUCUGUGCUUUACGGAAUAAACUAGUCUGGGUAACAGGUCAAAGCAUAGAACAGUCCACUAUCAGCGCCAGUACUCGCCUAGUGUAGCCAGUGGUAUUGUAGGCCGGCUACCUCAUGUCGGAGAUGGUGAACAUCUCAGGUGUCAACGUCAACAGUAACGAUCGUAGAUAAUCUGAUCAAGGGAACAAUGCCUCACUGUUGGUUGGAGUUUACACACACACACACACACACAC